AUGGCAAUGGCAGAGCUUCCGAAUGGAACUGGUAAUCACAAUGGGAAGGCCUCACCUAGACCUCUUACACCCUCAGACAAUCCAAGCGAUGAUGUUGAGCUCGCCGACCAUCUGAAGCUCAACAACUCGGCAAAGGACCCCGUCUUGAACGGCGAAUCCGACGGUCCUCAGAUCAACGGCGACCAUAUUCACCUGAACGGAUCCAUCAGCGGCCCCACUACGAAUCACCGGCAUCCUAGUCUUGAGAGCGACCGCGAAAUUGAACCAUACCAUCACCCAGGUUCUGACCAUGUCAUUCGCUUGUCCGGGAUUGAACACUGUAUGCCUCGCUCCUAUAUCCGCAUCUGCCUGGCCUAUCGCCUCCCGAGUCAAGAGAUGCUCGGUGAUGUAGUGACACGGCUGAACCACUUCGUCAGAGAGACGGUCAACGCAAAGCCAUAUCUCAGUGGCUACGUUGUAGCUGUAGAAAAUCCCGGCAACCGGGUUGGCGCCGUCGAGAUCCGAUUCUCAGACACAGACUUCCUGGAAUAUCCAGAUGUUGGUGUUCGUCAUCUGACGCAGGAAGAGGUCCCUUACACCUAUAAGCAGCUUUGCGAGGCUCGCUUGCCCCCAAGUGUGAUCAAGCCCGAGAUUGUGUCUGCGUUGGGAGAGUCCGCAGAUGAAGAUCGAGCACCGGCGUUCCGAGUUCAAGCAAACGUAGUUGAAGGAGGAAUCAUCGUGUCCGUGUACUUGCACCACUGCAUCUCGGACGGCAACGGGGCUGGGUGGCUCAUCUCGGGCAAUGUGUUGAAAGACGACUUCGCCUUCAAGCGGGAUUUGGACGGUGGAGACCACGACAUCCCUAGUCUAUCCAUGAGACUCGACACUUUUGCCCGGCACAAGAGUCAGGUCAGAAGCGAAUUGUCGUAUUCUUCAGCCAACCAAAUCAAUGAUCGGCAUCUGAAAUACAAGACAGCGCAAACGGCGGAACACUCACAUCAUAUGAUCAAGCCGAUUGGGCGUGGCUGCGUCUUUGCAAUACCGUUGACCAAGCUCGCUGGCUUGCAGGAGCGUCUCAUGAGUGUUGCACAUGUCGAGCGCAUGAGUCGGAACGACGUAUUGAUGACCCUCAUCUGGCAUGCUAUGACAGAAGCUCGGAUCCCUUCUCUAUCACAAAACCCAACAGUCACCACUUCGAAGCUCAACAUUCCUGUCAACAUCCGGACGAGAAUCAAGAACAAGCUGCCCGAAUCAUAUUUCGGCGCCGCCGUCGACUUUGCGUCCGUGGAAGCGCCACUUUGUCAUUUCGCCGACCUCGACGACGUUUCCAUGUCCGAGACUGCCGUGGCGAUCCGUACAGCCAUCAACCAAGUGACUGAACCAUAUAUCCGACAGUCAAUUGCCCUGGCGGAAAAUCCCAAUCCGAAGAUCGAUGUCCGGGACCUGCAAGGCAGCAAUAUGGAUCGAACCGAGGGCGCCGACAUGUAUAUUACGAGCUGGGAGAAACUGAAACUUUACGACGCAACCUUUGACAUGGGUCUUGGUCGACCAGACUGGGUGCGCAAGCCGUGGAGUAGAGAUCCUGGCUCCUGCAUUGUUCUCCCCUUCGACGACCGCAAGGACUACCUUGAAGUUGUGAUCCAAAUGGCAGAAGCUGACAUGGGUCGGUUGUUAGAGGACAAGGUUUUCAUGGGCUACGUCGACAGAUGGAUAGAAUGA